CCUUCGGGGGCGGCUCCGGUUGCCUCUUUUGGAUCGCAGAAGCCGUAGCCGUAGUGGUGUGCAGCUGGAUGUCGGCUAUUUUGUAUUUGUUUCGUGCUGGCUGGUCGUGGUGGUGUGAGAGAAGUGGUGAGCUACUGCAGCUGCUGUUGGCCAAGAAAUCUUAACUUGCCGCUGCGUAUUUGAAAUCGCUGCUCUUCUCGCCUACUAUAAACUCUCUACCUCUCUUCCCCUUCUCCUCCCUCCAUUGUCAACCUAUUUACUUGGAAAAUCAUAUAGCGCGCGGUCGCAAACACCCACAUACACAUAUACAUACACACCGCAUUGCUUUUCCUGCCAUGGCUCCUCCUAGCGCAAUGGUUCUAGAGAGUACUCCCUCUACCACUCUUUCCAAAGCUACUAUCAACAAGAUGCCUUCGCCCAAAGACGAUGCGCAGACCAUCGAUCUAGUCCUUCGCCAGUUCCGAUGCUUGAUUGCAGACUUGUGCCAGCAAUUCAACGGCGGUCACCCAGGCAGUGCCAUGGGCAUGGCUGCUAUUGGUAUUGCCCUAUGGAAAUAUGUCAUGAAAUACUCCCCAGCUAACCCUACAUACUUCAACAGAGACCGCUUUGUUCUCUCCAAUGGCCACACUUGUCUCUUCCAGUACGCAUUCCUGCAUCUUGCGGGAUACAAGGCCAUGACUUUUGACCAGCUCAAGUCCUACCACUCAGAUCGCAGUGACUCCAUCUGCCCUGGCCAUCCUGAAAUCGAAAAUGAGGGUAUUGAAGUCACAACAGGCCCUCUUGGCCAGGGUAUCGCCAACGCAGUCGGCUUGGCCAUGGCUACCAAAAACCUGGCGGCCACAUACAACCGCCCUGGAUACGAUGUCGUCAACAACACCACUUGGUGUAUGAUUGGCGAUGCCUGUCUGCAGGAAGGUGUCGCGCUCGAAGCCAUCCAAGCUGCUGGUCACUGGAAGCUCAACAACCUCGUCGUCAUGUACGACAACAACCAAAUUACAUGCGAUGGCAGUGUGGAUCUCUGCAACACCGAAGACGUCAACGCCAAGAUGCGCGCCUGCGGCUGGAACGUCAUUGAAGUGUCCGAUGGCCGGUAUGAUGUCGACGCUGUCGUUCAAGCACUGGAGCAAGCCAAAGCAUCUACAGACAAGCCUACCUUUAUCAAUAUUCGAACCGUCAUCGGUAUCGGCAGCAGUGUCGAAAACGACGCUAAGUCCCACGGUGCCGCGUACGGAGUGGACGAUGUCAAGAAUAUCAAGCGCAACUUCCAGAUGGACCCUGACGAGCACUUUGUGGUCAGUGAUCUCGUUUACGACUUCUUCCGGGACAUCAAACCCCGAGGACAAGCUAUCGAGAGCGAGUGGAUCAACAAAAUCCGAGCAUAUGAGGCUGCUUAUCCUGAACUUGCCGACGAGUUCUCCAAGCGAGUGCGUGGUGAACUAACCGCUGACUGGAGGAGCAUCAUCCCCGCAAAGGAGGCCUUUUCAACAAACCCUAUCGCCACGCGCAAAUCAGCUGGUCUGAUUUGCAACCCUCUGGCAGCGGCUCUCAACAACUUUAUGGUUGGCACGGCGGAUCUGUCACCUUCUGUGGCUAUGAUCUGGAAGGAUAAAGUUGACUUCCAACACCCUGAUCUCAAGACCGAAUGUGGCAUCAACGGAAACUACGCCGGUCGAUAUAUUCACUACGGUGUCCGCGAACAUGCGAUGGCUGCCAUUGCUAACGGCCUCGCCGCCUUCAACAAAGGCACAUUCCUCCCCGUCACAUCUAGCUUCUUCAUGUUCUACAUGUACGCGGCUCCAGCAGUCCGCAUGGGCGCUCUCCAAGAGCUCCAGGCAAUCCAUAUCGCAACACACGACUCCAUCGGCACAGGUGAAGACGGGCCCACUCACCAGCCCAUUGCACUUGCAUCUCUCUAUCGUGCCAUGCCCAACAUUCUCUACAUGCGUCCCUGCGAUACCGAGGAAACGGCGGGUGUAUUCACCGUGGCUCUGGAAGCCAAGAACACACCAAGCAUCAUCUCCCUAUCUCGCCAGAACCUCGAGCAAUAUCAUCAGUACAGCAGCCGUGAGGGUGUCAGCCGCGGUGCAUACGUCUUCAUCGAGGAGGAGAAUGCCGAUGUUACCCUUUUGGGUGUUGGCUCGGAGAUGUGCUUUGCCGUCAAAACCCGUGACGUCCUGCGUGAGAAGCACGGCAUCAAGGCUCGCAUUGUUUCCUUCCCCUGCCAGCGUCUAUUUGACGCCCAAUCGUUAGAAUAUAAGCGCCAGACUCUUCAAUAUCGAUCUAACGCUCCUCGUGUCAUCAUCGAGGCCUACGCAGUGAAUGGCUGGGAACGCUACGCUGACGCUGGGUACUCCAUGUCCUCGUUUGGAAAGAGUCUUCCGGGCAAGGACGCAUACAAGUUUUUCGGGUUUGACGAAAACUUAAUUGCACUCCGAGUGGCCGAGCUGGUCGAGACUGUUCGACGGGAUGGUAUUGAGAGCUUGCGCGGAGAGUUUAGAGACCUGAACAUCAGCGGACAUCAGCAGCAUUGAGAGGAAGCGAAUUUGCAAAGUGUAUUAUGCUUAUGAAGAAAAUUAGAACUCUAUUAGUUAAUAUCCUU